GUUGCUGUGUUUCGAUAUUAACUUAAUAAAACAGCUUGCUUAAUUGAUUUAAUUGACAAGGAAAAAUUGGUAAUAUUACAAGAUGCUUAUAAACAUAACAAUACUUUAUUUAGAGUAGAUUGUCAAUUGUUUCUGAGACACUUCAAAAUUAAUUUAAAUGUAUAGUCAUUAGAGAGAGAGAGUAGAUUAUUAAUACAGUUUAUUAUAGUGCUUGCUCGAAUAUUUGUGACACAGACAUGGUAACUGCCUCUUAAUUUAUAGGCAAAAAUAAUUUAUUUUAUAUCAAUAAUUAUUUAUGUAAUAUAAUAUUAUAUUAUAUAAUAAAAAAUAAAUUAAUUGACAGUGGAGUUUAAGUUUGUAUCUGAAUUAAAAACCAUAUUAUUAUAUUCAUUAUGCAGUGUACAUAUUCGAGUGUAAACAUUGUUAUAAACUCUAUGAUUUACUAAUGGCUAUUAAAUUUAAUUAAUUUUGAAGAAAAUUGCCCAUCUAUCUCCAAGUAGCAGUACCAUUAUGUUCUCAGGAAUAUACUUUGUAAUUUUCUCAAGUUUCAUUGAAAUCGAUAAAGUUUAAUUAUAAUUAUUAGUCUUCUGUUUCUCGGAUCUAUAUGGAACAUAAGUGCAUGUGUAGGCUUAGAUUUUUUAAUUAAUUCUUAGAAAGAAGGCAUAUACAUAUUUCAACUUAAUAAUGAAGAAAAUAAGAAACUGGAACGACGAAUCUCAUUAUGCACUAAAUGUUUAUGAAAAAGUUCUUAGUAUAAUUGGAGUUUGGCCUUUGGAUGCAGGAGAGUUUAAAUCUAUCGCACGAUGUGCCUUAGCUAUUGUGAUCCAGAUCAGUACUAUCGUCAGCCUGUCUUUGGAAGCAUACUGGCAGUGCCUUGGUACCGAGGACAUGAUGGAGGCUUUUCUAAUGGAUCUCUCGUCUAUCGUCAGUCUCUCUAAGCUUCUCGUCAUUCGCCUCUCAUGGAGGAACACUUACGUCCUGGUGACUUCCGUGAUUAAUGAUUGGUCGAUGUCCUGGGACACGCGACAACGAGAAAUCAUGAUGAGGUAUACCCAUAUCGGCAGAGUCGUGUCCUUGACGAUGUUAUAUCUGGGCUACGCAUCGGGUGUUUCAUUCCUCUUCAUGGCCAUACCCUUUGAUAGCUUGUUACCCUGGCUAAAUGUCUCCACGACAAAUGAUAAUGACACUGUAGUGACGACGUAUUUCUUAGCAACCUACUGCGUUUUCGGGUCAUUAUCAACGACAGCUUACAGUUGCGUCCUGCUGCUACAAGUAGCACAGAUUUUCGUCAACGCCACUUCGCAUUGCGGAAACGACGGUUUCUUCUUUGGUCUCGCGAUGCACUUAUGUGGGCAGUUCGAAAUACUGCAAAUGGACUUUGCAGGCAUUAAAGCGGACGAGCAAACCUGCAAAAACAAGAUACGAAUGUUAAUUGGUAGACAUUGCCAUUUGAUAAGACUGGCUGACAGUUUCGAAUACUCUUUCAACAUGGCUAUAUUCGCGCAAGUGUCAAUGAGCGUAUUGCUGCUUUGUGUGGAAGGUAUGCAAUUGAUAAUAUCGUUGAAAUUAAAUGAUAAUGUUGCAGCAAUAAAACAUAUUGUCUUGAUCCUGACAAUGUUGGUGCAACUGUAUCUCUAUUGCUAUGCUGGUGAUCAGUUAGAAUAUGUAACUGGAAGGAUCGGAUACAGUGUUUACGACAGUCCAUGGUACAAUUUUGAUGUAAAGAUAAUGAAAAAGUUACCUAUGGUAAUGUAUCGAGGAAAAACGCCUCAUCUGACAACCGCCGGAAAAUUUCUACGGAUGAAUUUAUUUUCAUUUAAAGAGAUUUUGAAAGCUACAGGCUCCUACCUCUCCGUCCUUAGAGUGAUGAUAAAUGUGUAAAAUUGAUAUUGCUGGCACACGAUU